AAAAAGUAGGGCUACCUACCAAAUCCAGCACUAACUUAAUUACAAACCAAUAGUCCUAAUAUUUUCUCUACCAACUCAGUCAAAUAUUACUCGAUCUCCAUUAUACUCCAUAUAUAUAUACUUAUAUUAUAUGGUUGGAUUAAUGUGAGUCAAUUUGACCCACUCACAUAUUUUUCUCCUUAACCCAACAUUUAUAUUCUCUAAAAAGAAAUACACCCUUUAUUAUUCUCAUCAUCUAAACACCCCUAGUUUUGUCAUACUCCCUGUCUCUCUCUCUAGAAAUAUUAUACGCUAAAAAGAAAGAAAAUAGGGUUAGAAUUGAAGAUGGGUAGAUCUCCAUGUUGUGAGAAAGAACACACCAACAAAGGUGCAUGGACUAAAGAGGAAGACGAGCGUCUCGUUAAUUAUAUCAAAGUUAAUGGUGAAGGUUGUUGGAGGUCUCUUCCAAAAUCCGCCGGUUUACAAAGAUGUGGAAAGAGUUGCAGAUUAAGAUGGAUAAACUAUCUUAGACCGGAUCUAAGGAGAGGCAAUUUCAGUGACGAAGAAGACGAACUCAUAAUUAACCUUCAUAGCUUGCUUGGUAACAAGUGGUCUCUGAUAGCUGCAAAAUUACCAGGAAGAACGGAUAAUGAGAUAAAGAACUACUGGAACACCCACAUCAAAAGAAAGCUUAUUAGUCGAGGAAUCGAUCCGCAAACUCACCGUUUAGUCAAUUCAACCAUUACCACUACCAAUGAUAACGCUACAAGUGGUACAACGAAGAAUAUGUUAUGCAACAAUGAUAACAAGAGAAAUAAGAGUAAUACUAGUAAUGGUUUCCAAUUGAUGAACGUACAAGGUUCAACAUUACAUUUUGGCCUAGGAUCAAACCUCGAGUACGAGGUUUCAGCAAGUACAAGUGAUGGCAAAUAUUAUUGCACUAGUUUCCCAACUAUUACAAGGUCCAAUAAUAUUAAUAUUAGUGAACGUGGACAUUCUAAUAGUAGUAGUAACAGUGUUGUGAGUAUGGAACAAGGUGGUUACAAAGAAAUUAACCUCGAUUUGUCUAUUAGCCUCCCUGCCUCGUCCAAGAUUAAUUCGAUUAAUCAUGAAAUUAUCAAGAGUGAAGAAGAACAAUAUAUGACGACUUACCAAUAUAUCGGGCGUGGUACAAGAAUGCCAGUUUUAAGUAGUAUAGACGGAAGUGUAUGUUUGUGUUACAAUUUAGGGUUUCAGAAGAAAGGUAACCAGCAGUGUAGUAACUGUGCUAUGCCAAUUGUCGAUCAAUUAUGAAUAUAGGAAAAUUUGGUAUUUACUA